GGGUACACUGCCAUCAGUGUCGUCAAAAAUCCAGGGUUCCAGUAGCAGCAUGCAAGAAUCGCAUGAAGAAGAAACCGUGUUUAGUAAAGAUAUGUAGCAGAUGCCUAUGGAACAGGUACAAGGAAAAGGUGGAGGAAGUAGCUAGUUUGGAGGAAUGGAAGUGCCCGAAAUGCAGGGGCGUUUGCAAUUGCAGUGUGUGCAUGAAGAGAAGGGGCCAUCAACCCACCGGUGCAGCAAAAGCGACUGGAUUCGCUUCCGUCAACGAGAUGCUAACUGCUGAGGGUUCAGAUAAUGGAAAGGUUGGUAAUUCCAUGAAUGGGUCUCUGGAAAAUGAUGUAUUAUCUGCUAGAAAGAAAGGGAAGGAAAGGUUGAAUGCAGAUGAUAAUACCUCUUCAAAGAGAAUGAAACAUUCUAAACUGACUGAAACCAGCCAGACUAUUCCUAUAGAAAUUGUGCUGCCAGUGGGAACAGACUUGACCAGUGUGGCUGGAAUUGAUGUACCUGCAGAGAUGUUGGCAAUGCUUUGGAGUUUCUAG